AUACAUCGUUUGGCCAACUCUUAGUUCGUCUUGACAAGCGAGCGUCACUUCCUGGUUUUCCUCCAAAAUGGCGUCUUUGUUUUUUUUACUCGAAUAAAAAGCAUUUAGCGGGUAAAAAUAUUUUCUAAUCACUACACGCCAGGUUUAAUGUGAAUGAUCUGCGUAUAUGACGCAACAUUGCGCGGGUUUGUAGUCACCGGAGAGAUCCUGCACUGUGGUAGUCGUAAUGGAGAAAUGCACACCAGAUGGCGCUCACGCUCAGUGGGUGUUGUCCAAGCUCAACCAGCAGAGGGGGCUUGGAAGGUUUUGUGAUGUGAUGCUGAACACCCAGAGCGGCCAAGUUUUCCUGGCCCACCGCAACAUCCUGGCCUGCUUCAGUCAAAUGUUCCAGGACGCGGCUUCCUCCACAUCGUGCACGGAGAUUAACCUUCCUCAAGACUGUCCUGAAGAUGGACUCGAGCUGCUCCUGCAGUUCUUCUACACCGGUGAUCUCCAGUUAAACGACAAUAACGAGGAGAAGGUUCGACGUGCUGCGAAUGAGUUGUCCGUUCCCGUUUCGCUCAUUCCUGCUCAGAUUUCGGACGUGGUUAAAGUUUCGGUUUCUAGUGAAGACGUUGACGGGAAGCCACUUUUCCCCUUGGUAACUGUGGACACCAAACCGGAUUUGACUGCUAUUCCAUCUCAACAGGAGGUAAAAAGCGAUGGAGAACCCACAGUGACGUCAGAAGCAGCGUUUGCAGAGCUCGAUGAAUCUCCAAGCACCAGCUCAGCCACCGUUACCCGUUUUGGCAGGAGGGUGAGGGUGAGCAGGGUGGUUAGAGAAAGCGUUGCUCCUGUAGUCCUGAAGACAAAAGCAAAAAGAAGAAGAACUGCAGCUUACAACACCAAAGAUGAGGGAGUCGUUGUUACUGAUGGACAACAAAGCAGUUCACUUGUGCCAGUUGAGCGUGAGGAAAGACCUGGUGACGAUCAGAACAGUGAUCCUGUUGAAGAUGAUGAUGAUGAGGAGGAGGGUGAGGGGACUUUCACAGUGGACACAGACGAAGAGUACGUGCCUAACGAUUCGCCCAUCGCGUCUCCCAAGGGUCCCAGAGGGAAGCGUAAACCUAAAGGACGCGUCAGCGGUAAAGAAAACGGAGGCGGCUCUUCGGAAGGUGCAAAUAAUCGCUCUGUCCAGUGUCCCACGUGUCACAAAACGUUCCUCAGCAAAUACUACCUGAAAGUACACAACAGGCGGCACACGGGGGAGAAGCCGUUCAGGUGUGAAAAAUGCGGGAAGUGCUAUUACAGAAAAGAGAAUUUGCAGGAGCACGAGUUGAGGAACUGCCUCAGCAGGACUGAUGUGAUGUUUUUUUGUACCAGGUGUCCCAUCGGCUUUAAGAAGAGACAGGAGCUGCGUGUGCACAUGGUCACACACACAGGCGAGAUGCCAAAUAAGUGCACAUCAUGCUCGCAGCAGUUCAUGCAGAAGAAAGAACUCAGAAAACACAUGAUCAAAGUCCACGGAGCUCCCAAACCAUAUUCAUGCACGCUGUGCCCCAAAUGCUUUCUGUCACGUACCGAGCUGCGCCUCCACGAAGCCGUCAAGCACCGGGGGGAGAAGCUGUUUGUGUGUGAGGAGUGCGGCCAUCGGGCGUCCAGCCGAAACGGCCUGCAAAUGCACAUCAAAGCCAUUCACAGGAAGGAGCGUCCGUUCGUGUGCGAGAUCUGCAAUCAUGCCUUUACCCAGAAGGUCAAUCUGAACAUGCACCUCCGCACACACACGGGAGAGAAACCGUAUCAGUGCCACCUCUGCGGCAAGACCUUUCGCACCCAGGCGAGCCUGGACAAGCAUAGCCGCACACACACGGGUGAGCGGCCGUACACCUGCGAGUUCUGCCAGCAGCGUUUCACCGAGAAAGGGCCGCUGCAGCGCCACAUAGCCAGCAGGCACCAAGAAGGCCAGCCGCACCCCUGUCACAUCUGUAACAAGUCCUUCAGAGCUGUCGAGCAGCUUCGGGUACACGUCCGGAGACACAAAGGAAUGAGGAAGUUCGAGUGCAGUGAGUGUGGCUACAAGUUCACCAGACAGGCUCACCUGCGGCGACAUUCACAGAUCCACAACCGUGUAGAAAACUACACCCCACGCCAGAGGAAACUGCGCAACCUCAUCGUGGAGGACGUGAACACAGAGACUACACCUACUUCUACUCCCCCGGAAGGACAAGACACAGCAGGCGAGGAGGCCCAGCCUGCCGCGGCGGAAAACGUGGACUCUGGAGCUGUCAAGGAGGCUGUGCAGGAAAGCUUCGGCAUGGACGAGGUGAUGGAGGUGCUGGUGACAGACACAUUUCCCAUUCAGUCAGAAGGCCUCGUGGUGGAGCUGCCGGGCAACGAGGCUGAUGGGAAGGCUUAAAAAAGAGAGAGAGCAGGAGUGCUGCAAGGUACAAUGCUAAGACCACCUUCAUUUCAUUCUGACGAUGUGCACAAGCACGAGGUAACUUUAAAUACACAGAGUAAGUACAUAUGGGAAGGAAACAUAUGUUUUUAAGAGCGAAGGUUCCAGCUAUUCUCCUGCAAUGUACAGACAUAUAUGAAUUAAGUUUUUUAGAGAAUGAACAUGUGUCUAUAAUCGAAGAAAUAGCAUUAGUUGUACUUUUAAAAAAUCAUUACAAUAUACAAAGUAGAUAUUAUUUGUGUGGCAGCCUGGGAAAACCCUACACCUGUUUAUUUUUUCAUUUUUAAACUUUUUACACAACAUAAUAUUUUCAGGAAGACUGCAUAAAGACUGUGAAAUUAAUAAAAACUUUGAGACAGUUAUGGCUGUAGCUAAUGUCGAACCGAAUGCGAAAAAAAAUCAUCUAUCCUUUGUCUAUAGGACGUGUCCUGUGUAGGGUGGUGGGGUACCUUGAGCCUAUCCCAGGGAACUCGUGGUACACUGCAGGGCACAUGUGACACAUUAAUUAACAACGCAUUAACAACUCGUACAAACAAUACAAGGAAUUUGGAAACCGCCAGUCAGCCUACACCAUGUCUUAUACAGAGGAAACACGGGAAGAACAUGCAAACUCCACGCACACAGUGCGGAGAUGGGAUUCGACCCCCAACUCUGGUGGUGCGAUGCGACAGGGAUGACCACUCAGCCACCCCAAAAAGUGAAAAAAAAAAAGGAAAUUCAUGAACGACGUAGUGACGGAGAGCUGUCGCAGGAGUCAAGAGACAACAAGAAGGUGGGGCUGUUGUCUUUUUGUCAGUAAAAAAAAUAAAUAAAAUGAAAGGGUUGCUUAUUAGUUUUUUUUUAUUUGUUUUUUUUUUACUGUUGCCUGGCACACAGCUCAUAUACUGAUCAACAUGCUAAGAUUUUCGGUCAGUGUGUGUUAUAGGUAGGAAAAAUAAACCCUAAACCAAACUCAGAUUUUGCACUGGACUGCUUUAGGGUGUUUAAUGCAACAUGGCGGAGUUGAGCAAUUUAAUAGUUUUAUCAUUUUUGAUACAGAAGAAAUGAAAUCUUUACUAAACAACUGAUGGGUUUUCCUAUAUUCCCACAUAAACUGAUCAGCCAUAGCAUUACAACACAAAACAUUAAGCCCAGUAUUGUGUAGGGUGGCUCUUAUCCUUCGGCAUUUAUGGAUCAGACCUGUUUGUCCAGCAGAUCCAGUGGGUGCUUGUUUGGAGUGUGGCGUGUGGAGGCCGGGUCGGUGACCUUGUGCUCUUUGCUCCUGUCGUGUGCUGGUGCCUUUCUGUCAUGGCCAGCAUUGACCUUUUUUGGAGAUUUGUGCUGCAUUGGCUUUUCUUGGGAUCUUGGGUUAUGGCUGAUAACGUAUGAUAAUAAUAUGUUGUAUUUUUAUUUAUGUAUACUACCAGUCAAAAGUUUGGACACACCUUGGAACUUCAUGUUUUUCCCCUGAUUUCUAUUUCUUUCUACACUGUAAAACAAUACUGAAGGCAUCCAAAAUAUACAAUAAUCUUCUCUGAGAAGUUGAUAUUGAGAUGUGUCUGCUACAGUACGCAUGCUCUGUAAAGGCUUCAUGACGGCUCUAAUAUGAGGCGCUGUUUUUUACCUGGUGAUUUUUGAAAAAAAAUUCUGUAUCGUUUCAGAAUGUAGAAAAUAAAUCCACACUUGUGUCCAAGCUUUUGACUGGUGCCGUGUAUUCAUUCAAUACUUUGUACCAAACAUUUCAGACAAAUAUUACAAAAUAUCCAUUAUUGUAUGAUA